AUGAAGGAACAAGUUGGUGACCCCGACGUGACCAAAAAUGCAGCCUUCGAACUUGUCUGGGAAAGCAAUCAUUCCAUUCGUAAGCAGGGGACUGGCGAUCAGCUUAACUGCGCGCCACAGGUAGCGGAUAUAUUCAAACUGUUGAUAUCCAUAUGGCCGUCAACUGAAGACAUGGCUCAAACCGUCAAUUCGGACGUCGAACGCAUGAGCCUCGUAACCGUUGACGGCUUGCAACAAUGGAACAAGCACCGUGCUGACAUCUGCGAGGAGCUGGCUUCCAAUCACCACCAAUGGACUGCCACUAUCCGUGACAUCCGUGAAGCCGACUCAUACAACCACAGGAGUUAA